ACUAUAGAAUUCCAGAAGCGAGGACUACCGCAUGUGCACAUUCUUAUAUGGCUAGAUGAUUCUGAUAAACUGAAAGACAUUGCAGCAAUAGAUUCAAUAAUAAGUAGUGAAAUACCUGAUCAAAAUAUAGAUCCAGAGGGAUACGAAGCGGUAACACGAUUCAUGAUGCAUGGACCAUGUGGGCAAUCAAAUACAUCUGCACCUUGCAUGAUAGAUGGUCGCUGCUCAAAGCAUUUCCCAAAACCUUUUAAUUCAGAGACUACAUAUGAUCAGUUUGGAUACAUCGUCUACAAAAGGAGGGAUACAGGAAUACAUGUCGAAAAGGGCAGGACAAAGCUUGACAAUAGGCAUGUUGUGCCGUACAACAGAGACCUUUUGGUGUGGUUGCAGGUACAUAUUAACGUGGAAAUUUGCCACAAAGGAAGACUGAUAAAAUAUCUGUUCAAAUAUCUCACAAAGGGACAUGACAGAUCUAUGGUAGAAGCAACAAACAGAGCAUCAACAUCACCAGAGGAACAAGAGCCGGUGGAUGAAAUAGCACAGUAUUUGGAUUGCCGAUAUCUCUCAUCAUAUGAAGCAGCUUGGAGAAUUUAUGAAUUUCCCAUACACGAGAGAACACCAGCAGUUCUCAGAUUGUGUGUGCAUCUCCCCAAUAAGCACACAGUUCCUUAUAACGAGGAUGAACCACUAGAAAAUGUGCUGCAGCGGCGGAGAGUCAAUAACACCAUGCUAACUCAGUGGUUCAAGCUUAACAGAACAAAUCCAACUGCCAGGACACUCACCUAUCAAGAAACACCAAAUAAGUUUGUAUGGGAUCCGAAACAAGCAGAUUGGUUUCCGAGAAAGCGAGGAUUUCAGAUUGGCAGAAUAGUGUCUGUUCCGCCUGGAACAGAUGCCGUAUAUUUGAGGAUGCUACUAACGAAAGUACGAGGUGCUUUAAGUUUUGAACACCUCCGGACUGUGAAUGGUGUAUGUUAUAGCACAUUUAAGAAGGCAUGCCAAAAGAUGGGAUUGCUAUCCACGGAUGAGGAGUGGAUAUUAGUGCUAGAAGAAGUUUGUCGAUGGGGACAACCAUCUUUGAUAAGGACUACCUUUACUUCACUCCUCAUGUUUUGUGAGAUUACAGAACCUCACUCUCUGUUUGAUAAAUUCUGGGAAGAAAUGGCAGAUGAUAUAGCAUAUCGAGCUAGACUUCAAAAUUCUUCCAGGUACUUUGUCCCGCCAUCAAGUUCCUUGAGAAACUCUGUACUUAUAGAGCUGCAAAGACUUCUGAGCUAUUAUUCUACUACACUGCAAAAUGUCGGUCUGCCGACUCCACAGUUGGAUGACUCAGAUAGGCUGCAAAAUAGUCUAAUUGCAGAGCAACUUGACUAUGACAUUAACGAACAAAGAAGAAUAGCAGAGACAGGUUUGGCGUCACUUAAUGAAAAUCAAAGAUAUGCAUAUGAUGCUGUAAUCGACUCAGUCUGCAACGAGAAAGGAUCUUUGUUCUUCUUAUAUGGAUAUGGAGGAACGGGAAAGACAUUCCUAUAUGAUACCCUCACUGCAAAGUUGAGAAGUAUGAACAAAAUCGUCCUGGUAGUUGCGUCCUCGGGAAUAGCUGCAACACUACUACCUGAUGCAAUAACAGCACAUUCGAGAUUUAAAAUUCCACUAAAGAUCGACAGAACUUCGACUUGCAUGAUUAAGAAGGGAUCACAUCUUGCUCAACUAAUCAAGGAAGCAGCACUCAUAGUUUGGGAUGAAGCUCCAAUGACCCAUCGAUUCUCUUUCGAGGCAGUGGAUAGAUCAUUUUGCGACGUCAUGAAUUGCCCAAUAAGUGGAGAUGGCUACAAGCCAUUCGGAGGAAAGUGUGUACUUCUAGGAGGUGAUUUCAGACAAACAUUACCAGUUGUAGUUGAGGGCGGCCGUGAAGAAAGUAUCGAUUCUUCUUUGACAAGAUCGCAUCUUUGGAAAUAUUUCAAGGUAUUACCCUUGACAGUCAACAUGCGCAUCAACGCAACCCUCAACAACCUACAACGCAUUUAUGAUGGCAAGGAUUUUGCAAGCUGGGUUCUAGCUAUUGGAGAUGGAAGGAUAAAGCGCACAACAUUCACGUCAUCUGUUUACACCGAUUGGAUAAAAAUCCCAGAUAAGUUCAUCAUCCCACAUAUAGGAAACAAGAUUCAAGCAAUUACUGAUACUGUCUAUAAUGAUUUUGGUUCUUACUAUGACAAUCCCAAUUACAUUAAGAAUCGAGCUAUAGUGACGCCGACAAAUCGCACGGUUUCAAAGAUAAAUGCAUAUAUGUUGGCUAAAGUAAGGGGACAAGGAAAAUUGUUCUAUAGUUCUGAUUCAAUUGAGGACGACUCACCAAACAGUAUAAGGCUUGAAGAAGAAUAUCCAACUGAGUUCUUAAAUGGAUUAUCCUUCAACGGUGUGCCAGAACAUGAGAUACAUUUGAAGGUCUCAACUCCGAUCAUCCUGCUUCGAAAUUUGAAUCCAGGUAUUGGACUGUGUAAUGGGACAAGGAUCAUGAUUACACAUUUGGGAGAAAAUAUUAUUCGAGGUGAUAUCAUUGGAGGAAAGUACGACAAGAAAACAGUUAUCAUACCGAGGAUUGUGCUUAACGUUACCGAACAUCGAUGGCCAUUUGUCUUGAAGAGGAGACAAUUUCCAGUAAGGGUCUGCUAUGCAAUGACAAUCAACAAGAGCCAAGGACAAACUCUGGAUACAGUUGGGGUUUACUUGCCUAAGCCGGUGUUUAGUCAUGGUCAGCUAUAUGUCGCAGUUUCACGAGUUCGAUCGGCUGACGGAUUGCAUAUACUGAUUGACAAUGAAGCAGAAAUUCCGCAUAACUUCACAAGAAAUAUUGUAUACGAAGAAACUUUUACAGAUAUAGAUGAGAGAACUCAAGCACCGACUGGUAAUCACCUCACUAUCAAGACUAACUUCAUUUAA